AUGAUCUUGUUGAAUUCGGUGUACAUUUGGAGUUGGCGCCGAAUGCGCUUAUCUGAUUGUGAGGCAACCCACAAGACAACGGGCAAGGUGAUGGUGCUGAAGAUGAACCAGCAGCGCGCCAACCAGCCCAACAUGUUGCGCGAGGCGCAGCUCAUGAACAAAUUGAAACAUCCCAACAUCCUUGGUUUCGUUGGCGUGUGCGUACACGAAAGUCAAUUGCACGCGCUUUUGGAGUACAUGGAGGGCGGGUCCCUGGAGCAGCUGCUUCUGGGCUGCCCACCAGCACCAGUUCCGCAACCGUUACGCGUGUCGCUCGCCGCGGACAUGGCUGCUGGGAUGGCGUACCUGCACUCAAUCGGCGUCUUCCACAGGGACCUCACGUCUAAGAACGUAUUAUUGAAAAAGCAUGGAGAAGGCCAGUACACUGCUGUUGUGGCAGAUUUUGGUUUAGCAGAAAAAAUACCUGAUCCAGUAAACGGAUAUCGGUUGCCGAGCGUAGGCUCGCCGUGGUGGAUGUCGCCGGAGUGUCUCCGCGGCCGCUGGUACGACCACCGCUCCGAUAUCUUCUCCUACGGGAUUAUACUAUGUCAGCUUAUCGCCAGGGUGGACGCCGACCCGGACGUGUUGCCGCGCACGGACAACUUCGGCCUCAACUACGUGGCGUUCGUGGAGCUGUGCGACGAGACCACCGUGCCCGAGCUGCUGCGUCUCGCCUUUAACUGCUGCAUUUAUGACGCUAAGGCGAGGCCGCUAUUCCCCGAGAUAGUGAGCAAACUCGCCGAGAUAAAGGAGGGUCUCGACGACCCUACGUGGGGCGGCCAUUCGCCUAACAGCUCCUUUGGCAGCGAGGAGGCGGACACGUCGGGGCCGCGCUCGUGCCCGGGGCUGUGGGCGUGGCGCCGGCCCGCGCGCCACCGUUCUGAAGGAAGUCCGCACCACCGCGACCGUACGUGUGCCCUAACUCUCACUCAUAUUCAUUUCAGGCGGCGCGCACCGCGGCUCGCUGUCGGAGCUGGAGUGCUUGUGGCGGGGCGGCGCUGGUGGCGGCGUGGGGGUGGGGGGCGCGGCGCACCGGUCGGCGGGCGCGCUGACGGCCGCGCCGGCGCCGCCGCGGCUGGCGCGCCUACAGCGGCUCGCACACGUGAUGGUGCUGCGCGACGAGCACGCCGCACCCAAAGCGCCGCGCCGCGCCCUGCACGCGUUCCGCGGCGUGCACAAGAUACUCGAGGCUGCGCCGCGUUGUUCGUCGGGGUCGCCGCCGCCGUGCUCGUCGGGAAGCGGCGCGGACAGCGCGGGGGGUGCGGGGGCGCAGGGCGGGCGUGCGCGUCCGACGACGAGCCGCGCGCCUGCUCGCUGCCGCCCUCGCCGCGUCUCGCGCGCCGCCGCCUUGACGACGCGCCCAAGCUGCACUACAAGGGCGAUUCGAGCGCGGAGCUGCGGCGUCGCGGCUCGUGCGAGAGCGGCAUCUUCUCGGUCGCGAACGAGGAGCUGUGCCGGCACCCGAGCGCGUACGGCGCCAUGUGCCCGUGCUCGCUGAACGGCUGCCACCGCUGCUGGUGGCGGCGCGAGCGUGACGACCGCCACGACGACCGGCACGACGACCGGCACGAUGACCGGCACGACGACCGGCACGACGACCGGCGCGAAGACGGCGACCGGCUGCGGAUCUGCGCGGAGUGCCUGAUAGUGUACGACUGGCUGCUGUCGCGCGGUCGCCGCUCGGGAGACGAGUCGGUCGCCGCGGUGGACGAGGCGCCGUUCCUGUGCGGGCCGACGGAGACGCGCGAGUCGGGUGAGUACAGAGACACCACCAUAUGCGAGUACCACGUGCUGUCGCGCUGCUGCUGCGCGGCGCGCGACGACUCGGCGGCGGGCGGCAGCAGCCGGCUGCCGUCCAGCGUGUACACGGACAGCUCGGAGGACGUGGCGUCGCUGGGCUCGGACAGCGUGUGCGACGAGCGCGCCAGCUCGGCGCAGAUCUCGCGCAUCGUGCAGUACUUCGAGCGGCAGGGCGCCGGCUGCAAGUGCGAGCGCACGCACAAGGGCGAGCGCUUCGUCAACGGCAGGGACGCGCCGCAGCUCGGCUGCCUCGUCGACGUCAAGCACCAGGGCAAGUGCGUGCAGCAGCGCCUCACGGUCUGCGAGGGCGCCGUCAAGUCCAAGCUGCCGCUCUUCGAUAAGAAAUAG